AUGUGGCUCGAUCAAGCAGAUGGAUUUGAUGAGAUAUUUAAAGGAUAUUUGCCAUAUUAUUUACUAGUAAUGUUUCCAAUUUUGAUUAUAAUGUCUCCGGUCAAUCCUGUUGCGGCUUCUCAUGAAUUUUCCGUCUAUAGAAUGCAACAAUACGAUCUUCACACAGUGCCCCAUGGAUGUCGUAGUGCAAGCUUCAACCUGGAAGGCCGAUCCCUCACUUCAUGGAGUACUUCUCGUCAUUGUGUGGUAGCAAGAAUCCAAGACAUCACAAUUGAGCAGUUUAUUGACAUCAGAAGCAAAGCUGGUGCUCUCUUGCUUGUGCUUCCUAAAAAUGAUACUGUUUUGACUGAUGAUGAGAGAGAGCACAUUUAUCUACUAGAAGCAGUUAUGGCUCAACAAGAGAUUAACUUGCCAGUAUACUUUGCCGAGUGGACUUCGGACUUUGAGUAUAUAAUCAAAGACUUACAACAUAGCUUUAUAACUGAUGAAAAAUCUGGAACUGCACUUGAAGCAAUGUUUAAUACUGUAUCAUCUAAUGGAUAUCAGAUAGUUGUGUCAACAUCAGCUGUGCAGAAAUUAGACUCAAAACCAACAACACUGCAUGGAAAGUUAGUUGGCCGAGCUCUGUCUUCCCAAACUAUUGUGAUUGCUGCUCAUUAUGAUGCAUCUAGUGUUGUUCCAGAGUUAUCCUUCGGCGCUGAUUCCAACGCAUCGGGAGUCGUCGCACUACUGGAAUUAGCACGCGUUUUUUCACGUCUAUACGGCAGUGCUGCAGUGCGCGGUGGUCCCUCCAUUCUCUUUGUGUUGGUGUCAACUGGACAUUCUCUUAAUUAUUUUACGACAAAGAAAUGGCUUGAAGAGCACUUGGACACAGCUGAUUCUUCGUUAUUGCAGGAUGUUUCAUUUGUAAUGUGCCUCGACUCAAUAUCUUCCGGUCCACUAACAAUGCACGUGUCUAAACCGCCUAAACCCGGCACCGCGGCACAUUCGAUCAAGUCUCGUCUAUCAGCGCCCUUCGUUCACAAGAAGAUCAACCUGGCUGACGAAUUACUCGCCUGGCAUCACGAACGAUUCAGUAUUAGACGGAUGACCGCCUUCACAUUAAGUUCUUUGCAGAGUCACAAGGAGGCACGUAAGUCAUCCCUUCUAGACAAGUACCGGGAAACAUCUAUGGACACAUUAGUAGAAAAUAUACGGACUACGGCGCGUGCGCUGGCCUCUCACGUAUAUGACGUCACGAAUGAAACUAGUGGGGAGGACUCGGCCAUGUUUGAUGAGGCUUUGAACGUAGAUGAAGCUUCAGUGCGCAGUUGGUACAAAUACUUAUCGUCGCAGGCGCGGGCGCCACAUAUGCUCACUGCUAGUACUGGAGGUGUGAACGCUGCAUUGGAAAGAGCAAUGUCUCGUUACAUGGAGGUCACAAGUUCGAUUCACGUUGUUGAUAAAAGGGAACCCGAGUACACAUUGUACGGACCAACCAAAGCUGUAUUAUUUGUUUACAGUGUAAAACCAGCAGUGUUCGAUCUCAUUCUCACAUUGGCGAUAAUCGCCUAUCUAUCUCUAGUCUAUUUUGCGAUACAAAUAUUCCCGCGAUUCUAUACGGAAUACGCAAAAGUUGUUACUGGUAAGGAGAAAGUGUACUAA